AUGAUUUCAUUAACAAGAACUGAUGAUGAAAAUUCAUCUAAUAAAUCAAAUUUAUCUGAACGUAAUCGAACAUAUAUGUUAUUUGUUUCAGAAGAUGCUCCUAUUGGUCAUACACAAAUAAUUGAUACAUUUGAUUCAUCAUUUUGUUCAAAAUAUUCAAUAAAAUCAAAUGUAUAUCAUCGUCAUGAUACACCAUUUGAAAUACAAUUAUUAACAAAUGAAAGUUGUACAUUAAAUUUACAUGUUAUUCGUUUACUUGAUCGUGAACAAACACCAAUGUAUACAAUAAGACGACAAUUAAUAGAUGAAAAUGAUUUCAAUGAUAAUGAUAUAAUAACAAUUCAAUUAUCUAUUGUUAUUCUUGAUGUUAAUGAUCAUGUACCACAAUUUGAAAGUGAACAUUUUCAUUUUAUUAUGCCAGAAAAUAUUCAACCAGGUUCAUUAAUUGGUCGUGUACAAGCUCAUGAUCCAGAUAUAUUUCUUAAUGGAAAAAUUUCUUAUACUUUAUUUGGUCAUGAUCUUAUACAAUCAGGUAAUAGAACUAUGUUUAGAAUUGAUAAAGAUACAGGAGAAUUAUUUUUAUUGGAUUAUUCACUUGAUUAUGAAACAAAAAGAGAUUAUACACUUAUGGUUGAAGCAAAAGAUCAUGGUGAUGUUGAAGCUACAUUAUGGCCAUCAGUACCAUCAUAUGCAGAUAUAAUUAUAACUGUUGAAGAUGUUAAUGAUCAAAAACCACAAAUUAUUUUUACAAUGCC